UACAGGCACCGCCCGUGCUCACUGGAUCUGUGUCUGACGGGGUGCAGCCAGCUGCCGGAGACCCUACAGCUGCCCCACCGAGGAGUCCUGAUCCAGGAGGAAGGAGGCCUGUGGGAAGCCUGCGCCGCCCCACUGACUCUUGGAGAGUCUCCGUGGCACGAAGAUGGUGAAGUGGUUCAGCGUCAUCCUUGCAGCGACUUUGAUGAUGGACUGGAGAAGCUGGGCUCUGGAGACUUGCCUCCAGGAGCAGCAGAGGCUCAAGGACCAGCUGAGGCUCCUGGAGGCCCAGGUCAAGCAGCAGCGGGUGAGGAUCGAGCAGCUCCUCCAGGAGAAAGAGCUUCAGCUGCUCGAGCGAGGAGAUGAAAAGAGCGUCCCCCGCCUUGGGGGACGGAGGCAGUACGCAGACUGCUCGGAGGUGUUCAAUGAUGGCCACAGACUCAGCGGUUUCUACAGAAUCAAGCCCCUGCAGAGCCCCGAAGAGUUCUCUGCUUUCUGUGACAUGGCGGACGGAGGAGGCUGGACGGUGGUGCAGAGGCGCUCCGAUGGCUCGGAAAACUUUGACAGGAACUGGGAUGACUAUGAAAAAGGUUUUGGAAACUUUGUCAAAAAACAUGGCGAGUACUGGCUUGGGAAUAAAAACCUGCACUUCCUGACCGCCCAACGAGACUACACUCUGAAGAUCGAGCUGGCUGACUUUGAAGGAGAACACCGUUUCGCACAAUAUGAAAGCUUCCGGGUGGGUGGUGAGAAGAGUGCCUACGAGCUGAGCUUCCGGGAAUACUCGGGCACGGCCGGAGACUCACUGGCUGGGAGCUUUCAUCCUGAGGUCCAGUGGUGGGCCAGUCACCUACGAAUGAAAUUCAGCACUCGAGACCGAGAUAACGACAAUUACUCGGGGAACUGUGCCAAGGAGGACAGAGCUGGCUGGUGGUACAACAGCCUGGUCAGCAGAAAACGGGAGGAGGAUUCAGGAAAUGCAGGUUUGAGGCAGUCUCAGGUCAUUCCCAAGCCGGCUGGCGGACCUCCCUCCACUUCCUGCUCUGGACCUGGGGAAAGUACAAAGGUGUCACUCGGCAAACCUCAACGGUCUGUACUACAGAGGGGCCUACACCGGCGAAACGGACAACGGCAUCGUCUGGUACACCUGGCACGGGUGGUGGUAUUCUCUGAAGUCUGUCGUCAUGAAGAUCAGGCCCAGCAACUUUGUGGCGAAUGUCGUUUAGGUGUGCAUCGCAAGCGCUCGUUCCUUCCUCAUCAUUCCCGUUGAAGACGCCAUCCAUGGGGUGAUGCUGCAGGCCAGGGAUGGAGCUUUCCAAUGGCCCUCUGGUCAUUGUCUCACCGUUUAUCAUGUAGUGCACUUUCAAUCAAGAAAAUGUAAUGAGAAAUUAAGUAAAUAAAUGGUGGUGAUCAAACAGGAAAA